CUUCCCGUGGCACCCCGAGCCAGUGUGCCCUUCGUGGCAUGGGCGAGUUCACGUCUCUUGUGCCUUACUACCCUCGUUUAUUCUUUGUGUAUUUUCACGUCUCUUGCUUCCUUCGUGCAUUCCCAGUUUAGUUUUUUGUUUUUUUUUCAAAUCUCGUGGCUGUACCAUAUGUCUUUCAUUCAUUCAGCAUAUGCCCAGUGUAUUUUGUUUUUUUCUUAUUCUUAGUUUUCCCCCCCUUCCCCCCCAUGCUUGUCUUUAUUCCUUGCUCCCCGUCUUCAUGUCUCACAAUUCUGUGGAUUUUGAUUUACUACGCGCUGAAGGAAACAGUGUUCUGUGGAUUUUACUUACACUUUCAGACGAUUUUUGAGUGAUAUCUGGGGAUACAGUGGCUGAAAUCAAGCCAAAUUGAUAAGAUUGAAAAGACUAGAAUUAUGUAUCUGCUGAAAGUUUAGAUUAGAAAUCAAACAUAAUCAUACUCUGCAAAGAAAUCCUCAAGAAAUCUCUGUAGAAAAAGAGUAGCUAAUCAGGCAAAUGAUGCCUUUCUUCCUGAAGAUGGUGCUAGUGUUGAAGCAUGCUACUCCAAUAGUCAUUUGAAAUGAAGAGAAAGUGCUCAUCCAAAUCUUGCAAGAUGUCAUAUACUUCAUGCUAAGUGUUUAGAAAAAAAGAAAGGAAAAACAAAACAAAAGAAAUACUAGUGAAAAGUGAUUGUUGGUAUUGUGUGUUGAAAAAAUGUGUGCCAUGCGGAAUAACAAGAGAAACUCACUCCCCUCAUUAAGCAUGAACAAGUUCUUUGUGAACAAACGUGCUUCUAUGUUUGAGAAACCAGAGGAACCUACGGCCAGAGAAAAGAAAGAAUGGAGUCCUUUUGGCCUCGUAGAGACAUCCCAACGGAAGCUGGAAGCACGCAGAGAGAAGGAGAAGAAAGAGGAGAUGAAGGCUCGAAAAAAAAGACAAGCAGACCCUUAUGCUGAGGAGAGCAGUGAUGGUGAGGAAGACGAAGCACCAGCCUCAGGACCUGAGAAGGAACCAAAAAAUGAGUCAAAAGCUUGUGGCCAUGCUAACCGGGCUGUUAACUUCAGCUUGGUGAGGAAGGCGUUAAAACAGGGACAGCCCAUUGGGGACUGCACCCAGUGUCGCAAGGGUCACUGCUCUGAUCUUAAAGAUGAAGCUGAGAAUGAUACUGAGAAUACCUAUGUUCCUGUGAUCUGGCUGUGUUUGUUCUGUGGCCACCAAGGCUGUGACCGCAACACCCGAGAACAGCAUUCUUUUCUUCACUAUCGCACUCCGCGUUCAGAUCCUCAUUGUCUUAUCCUAAAUACUCAGGCAUGGAAUGUGUGGUCAGUACUUGGACAUGUUUUACUGUGUGUCUUUUCUUAGAGUUUUCGCUUUGUGGAUAAUGGUAUAUGACUUGGUACAUUUAAUUUAUUUUUUGGGGUGGGCUUUUUAUUUUGAAAAUGCCUUUUUUAUGUGUAGG